AUUAUGAGCUGGUUCGGUAUGGGUUCAAUUUUUAUGACCACAGCUCCUUCGGCCCGGGGCAUGAUCCCAAUCCCAACUCGUUCGGCCCGCGGCAUGAUCCCAAUCCCAAGUUCCCAACUCGUUUGGAGGUUUUAAGCCGGCCGGCCUGCUCCUUUGGCCGGACACAUAUAUUUCUUUAUCAAGUGACCAGAGGCAGCGAAGACUGGGAUACCUUCUUCUGGCGUGCAAAGGAGGAAAUAUAUACGGGAGUUCAAAAGAGCCGCUCUAACUCGCAUUCAAUCUGUAACCAUGGUUCUCGAGGCGACGAUGAUCUGCAUCGACAAUUCGGAGUGGAUGCGAAACGGAGAUUACUCGCCCAGUAGAUUUCAAGCUCAAGCUGACGCCGUUAAUCUCAUCUGUGGGGCUAAAACUCAGGCUAAUCCGGAGAAUACAGUUGGGGUAUUGACGAUGGCUGGUAAGGGCGUUCGCGUUUUGGUCACUCCUACCAGUGAUCUUGGGAAGAUCCUAGCUUGCAUGCACGGGCUGGAAAUAGGUGGUGAAAUGAACUUGGCAGCAGGAAUUCAGGUAGCCCAGUUGGCCCUCAAGCAUCGCCAAAACAAAAAACAGCAACAGAGAAUUAUUGUUUUCGCUGGGAGUCCUGUCAAAUAUGACAAGAAGGUUUUGGAGAUGAUUGGGAAAAAGUUAAAAAAGAACAGUGUAGCUCUAGAUGUUGUUAAUUUUGGCGAAGAAGAUGAAGCAAAAACUGAGAAGCUUGAAGCACUUGUUGCCGCUGUAAACAACAAUGAUAGCAGUCACAUUGUUCAUGUUCCUCCUGGUCCUCAUGCUCUUUCAGAUGUUCUAAUAAGCACCCCUAUCUUUACCGGUGAUGGUGAGGGUGGAAGUGGGUUUGCUGCUUCAGCUGCAGCGGCUGCGGCUGGAGGAGCAUCUGGCUUUGACUUCGGUGUCGAUCCUAACCUGGAUCCUGAACUUGCCCUUGCACUUCGAGUUUCAAUGGAAGAAGAAAGAGCAAGGCAGGAGGCAGCUGCUAAAAAGGCCACAGAGGAGGCUGCAAAAGACGAUAAAGGAGAAAAUCAGAAUGCUUCCCAAGACGUGACAAUGGCUGACAGUGUUGCAGCUGGAACUUCUGAAUCAGAAAAUAAAGCAGCUACUCUGAUGGAUGAUGAAAAUGCUUUAUUACAACAAGCCCUUGCAAUGUCCAUGGAUGAUUCUGCAGCUAACAUUAUCAUACGAGAUGCCGACAUGUCAGAAGCAGCAUCUGAAGAUCAAGACCUGGCACUUGCCCUUCAAUUAUCAGUGCAAGACAGUACAAAAGACCAGUCAAAUCCGACUGACAUGAGCAAGUUGUUGGCUGAUCAGUCUUUUGUGUCUUCUAUUCUCGCUUCUCUUCCAGGGGUGGACCCCAAUGAUCCAUCAGUUAAAGAUCUACUAGCUUCCAUGCAAAGUCAGUCCGAGACCCAGGAGAAAGACGAGGACAAGGAUCCAAAAGAGGAGGAUAAAAAGUGACUGGGAUAUUUAUGCGUAUGAAGCUGUUAUUUUCAAGAUUCUGAGUUGUACUCGGCAUUUGCACAUCUUUCGAAUGCUCAUGUUGAUUGAUAAGAACGACUAUUGGAAUUUAGUUUCUCAUCAAAGGACCUUGUAUAAUGGAUGUAACUAUAAAUUGUUGUUCCUCCUGCGGAGGGCUACUUGAAAAUUUCAAUGUGUUCCAACUGAGUCGAGUUUAGCUGUGAUUCUCUUCACUAUUAACAUUUCCUUUAUGUGGGUAGAGAUGGACUCGGGCCGGGUUUAGCUGUGAUUCCAACUGGAC